AUGCAUCGACUUCUGCAGCUUGUGGGGAGUGUGGCAGCAGUGCUGCUGGCUACGACGACUUCUGUCACCGCUGGUGACUCGCGCUGCUUCCCCGAAGACUUUCUCUUUGGAUCUGCCACUGCGUCGUACCAGGUCGAAGGCGCAGUGAAGGAAGGCGGCCGCACACCGAGUAUCUGGGACCAAUUCUGUCGUGAACGACCAGAGGUCAAAUGUGCCAACGUGGCCGACGACUUCUACCAUCGUUACAAGGACGACAUCCAAUUGAUGGCAAAAACGGGGCUGCAGAGCUUCCGCUUCUCCAUCUCAUGGUCGCGGGUCAUGAACUGGGACUCGGCGUUGCAUGGCAUGCGCCCGAACCCCGAGGGUAUCGCGUUCUACCACUCGCUAAUCGAUGAGCUGAACAAGAACAACAUCAAGCCCAUUUUGACGCUCUAUCACUGGGACUUACCGCUGGAGCUGCAUACAGAGCUGUCUCCUCAAGGUUGGCUCAACUCGGACAUCGUCCAGCACUUUGCGGAGUACGCGAUGCUCAUGUUCCAUGAAUACGGAAGCAAAGUGAAUCUCUGGACCACAUUCAAUGAGCCCCUGUCAUUCACGACAGCCGGCUACGCUACCGGUAGAGAGGCCCCGGGGCUCACCGGCUCACCGACUCAGGUGUACGCUGCCACACACAACGUGUUGCUCUCUCAUGCGAGAGCGGUCCAGCUAUUCCGCGAGCUAAAGAAGUCUCAUGUUAUUAGUGAAAAGGCUCAAGUUGCUAUUGUGCUGAAUGCUGACUACGCGUAUCCUCUGGAUGAGUCGAAUCCGGCUGACGUGGAGGCUGCUUCGCGUAAAAUGGAGUUCGACGUGGGCUGGUUCCUCUCUCCGAUUGUUAGUGGAGACUACCCGUCCGUCAUGCGUGAGAUCGUGGGCGACCGCCUCCCGCGUUUCUCACGUGACGAGACUGCGUUGUUGAAGGGAUCAUACGAUCUCUUUAUGCUCAAUCACUAUUCAACACGUGCAGCUACGGACUGCGACUCGAGUGCGUCACAAACUGACUGCAAUAAGCUUGCAAUCGGCUGGCAGCGUGACCGUGGCGUUGACAUCUCUCAGACAGUUCCAGGAACCAGACCACGCAGUGAAAAGGCUCUCAAAGACUCUCACUGCGCGUCGUUCACUGCGUACCCUCCUGGUUACCUUGAGACCAUCAAGUGGCUGCACAAACAUGACACAUCCGCCGACAUCCUACUGACCGAGAACGGAUGGUGCGGGGACGAUGAGAUCGACAACCCCGAUCAACUAUGGUACUUCCAGGCCUAUUUGGAGCAAGUGCACAAGGCGAUCACGGAAGAACAUAUCCCCGUUAUCGGAUACACAGCCUGGUCUUUCCUCGACAACUACGAGUGGGGGUCGUACGAGUCACGUUUCGGUCUGUACUACGUCAACUACACGUCCGAAUCAGGAUCUCCUGACUUUUACGAGCCCAAGCCAUCUGAUCUGGCUCGUAUUCCUCGUCCGUCGGCCAAGUGGUUCCAGAAGGUGGCGAGCUCCAAGUGUCUGAAUGUGGACGAAUCGUCAGCAACUACAGUCGAGACACCCGAGAGUGCUGGUCACAGUCACCACGUGUGGCGCUGGCUGUUCAGCAUCGUGGCGAUCGCAGCGGUGGGUUUCGCGGUGGUGGUUGUGCUGGUGUUCUUCGUUGGACGUCGCAUUUGGCGUCACUUCCGUGGUCACGAUGGUGCUGCGGCUGAAGGGACCCCUUUGCUGUAG